AUGGCAUACCAUGAAACAUUAGCUUUUCACGAAGAUGGCCCGAAGCCGAAGAAGGAAGCCCCUGUCCCUCCCAAAACCAGAACCAAAGCAAAGUCUUUAAAGGCCAAGAAAGCAGUGCUGAAAGGCAUCCACAGUCAUAAAAAAAAGAAGAUCUGUACAUCAUCUACAUUCCAGUGGCCCAAAACAGUGCAUUUCCAAAGGCAGCCCAAAUAUCCUCAAAAGAGCGCCCCCAGGAGAAACAAGCUUGACCACUAUGCCAUCAUCAAGCUCUGCCUGAGUACCGAGUCAGCCAUGAACAAAACAGAAGACAACAACACAUUUGUGUUCAUUGUGCAUGUCAAGGCCAACAGGCACCAGAUCAAACAGGCUGUGAAGAAGCUCUAUGACAUUGACGUGGCCAAGGUCAACACUCAGAUCAGGCCUCACUGAGGAAAGAAAGCUUAUGUUUGACUGGCUCCUGACUCUGAUGCUUUGGAUGUUGCCAACAAAAUUGCGAUCAUCUAA